AUGGCUUUGCGGCGCACUGUGCAGUGGCUUGUAGCUGCUGCUUGUGUUACACAGAUCUGUGCUAGCCCGAAUGGCCAUGUGCCUCGUCAGAACGCUUUACCGCUAGAAAGUUGUCCCGGAUACAAGGCCACCAACGUGAAGCAGACAAGUCAAGGAUUGACAGCUGAUCUUACCUUGAACGGCCCGGCCUGCAACACUUAUGGUCAAGACCUCCAGAACUUGAAACUUGAGGCGACUUACCAGACUGGGGACAGACUCCACGUCCAGAUCUACGAUGCUGAAGAGAACGUUUAUCAAGUUCCAGAGUCUGUUCUCCCCCGUCCAAGUGCGAAUGGAAACGCCUCUUCCACAACAAGUCAACUUAUCUUCGACGUCGUUGCUGACCCUUUCUCGUUCGCCGUAUCUCGUCGUGAUGGCGGACAGACUCUGUUUAACACCAGUGGUACCAAUCUCGUCUUCCAAUCACAAUACCUGAGAGUUCGCACCCAACUUCCCGAGAAUCCUCACCUCUAUGGCCUGGGCGAGCACUCUGAUCCCUUUCAGCUGAACACUACCAACUACACACGAACUCUUUGGUCCCGUGAUGCAUACUCAAUUCCUGAUGACAGCAACCUCUACGGCAACCACCCUGUGUACUUCGAUCACCGCGGUACAAAUGGCACGCAUGGUGUCUUUCUUUUGAACAGCAACGGCAUGGACAUCAAGAUCAACAGCACCGCAGAAGCCGGCCAGUAUCUGGAGUACAACACCAUUGGAGGCAUCAUCGACCUCUACUUCUUGGCCGGACCUUCUCCCACCGAAGUCUCCAAGCAGUAUGCGGAGAUUGUCGGUUUACCAGCUGAAAUGCCAUACUGGGGCUUCGGCUUCCAUCAGUGCAGAUAUGGAUACCGCGAUGUCUAUGAAGUCGCUGCUGUUGUUGCAAACUACAGUACAGCCGACAUUCCUCUGGAGGUCAUGUAUAUUGACUACAUGGACACAAGGCAUGUGUUUACGACCGAUCCAGAGCGCUUCCCGUUGGAAAAGGUGCAAGAACUGGUCUCAACUCUACACGAUAGACAGCAAUCCUACAUUGUAAUGGUCGAUCCUGCGGUUGCAUACUACAACUACUCUGCCUUCAACAACGGUGUCGAGGCCAAUGCCUUCCUCAAGAGAUCAAAUGGCUCCAUUUAUCAAGGUGUCGUCUGGCCUGGUGUCACGGCCUUCCCUGACUGGUUUGCUAGUGGAACUCAAGAGUACUGGACCGACGAGUUCACUUCGUUCUUCAACGCUGAUACUGGUGUUGAUAUCGACGCUCUUUGGAUUGACAUGAAUGAGGCCAGUAAUUUCUGUCCCUGGCCAUGCAGUGAUCCAUCCGGUUAUGCUGCUACCAAUGGUUUCCCACCAGCUGCUCCAGAAGUCAGAGCGAAUGCAGGCUAUCCCAUACCUGGUUUCCCUGCUGAUUUCCAACCGGGCCCCUCAUCACGCAAAGUCAAGCGCCAGUCCAACAGCACAGGCACUCACCUCGGCCUGCCAGGAAGAAAUCUCGUCGACCCUUCAUACACCAUCAACAACGAUGCGGGAAGCUUGUCGAACAAGACCAUUGACACUGAUCUCAUCCAUGAAAAUGGGCUGACCAUGUACGACACCCACAAUCUUUAUGGCACCAUGAUGUCGACUGCCAGUCGAGACGCAAUGCUGGCACGAAGACCUACAAGAAGACCUAUGAUCAUUACACGUAGUACUUUCGCUGGUGCUGGAGCUCACGUCGGCCAUUGGCUGGGUGAUAAUGUGUCGGGCUGGCGAUGGUGCCGAGUGUCUAUUGCACAAAUGCUCGAGUUCGCUGCUAUUUUCCAGAUGCCUAUGGUCGGCAGCGAUGUCUGCGGAUUUGGUGGAAAUUCUUUCCCUGAACUGUGCGCCAGAUGGGCAACUCUUGGUGCUUUCUAUCCCUUCUACCGCAACCACGCGGAGCUUGGUACCGUGAAUCAAGAGUUCUAUCGCUGGGAGUUGACCACAGCUGCUGCUAAAAAGGCAAUCGAAACACGUUACAGACUCCUCGAUUAUCUGUAUACCGCCUUCCACGAGCAGACUCUGAGCGGCAAGCCGUUGAUCCAGCCCUUGUUCUUCGUCUACCCUGGAGACACCAAUACUUUCCCGAUCGAGCACCAGUUCUUCUGGGGUAACAGCAUACUGGUCAGCCCUGUUGUGGACGACAACAGUACAAGCGUCACAUUCUACCUUCCUGAUGACAUCUUCUACGACUACUUCACCUUGGAGCCUGUGCGUGGGACAGGCGAUUGGGUGACCCGCGAAAAUGUCGACUUCACCGAUAUUACCGCUCACAUUCGCGGCGGUAGCAUUCUGCCUCUGCGUCAAAAUUCUGCCAACACUACCACCGAGCUGCGUAAGCAAAACUUUGUUCUCGUGAUCGCACCUGAUCUCAAUGGCAAGGCUGAAGGUUCAUUGUACUUGGACGAAGGCGAUGCUAUCGAGCAGCCUGAGACCAGUCUCAUCACCUUCAGCUAUGCAAAUGGCACCUUCACCAUGGGUGGCAGUUUCGGCUACCCAACUGAUGCCAACGUCGUGAGCCUUACUGUGCUUGGCCAAGGCAUUAAUGGGACGACAGCGGCUUUCAAAAGAGACUCCAGCGUAGUGACCGAUGUGAAGAGGAAAUUGAUCACCAAGAAGCUUGGUGUGCCAUUGACUGGAUCGUUCGUGAUGACUCUGGUCUGA